AUGGAGAGGCUGAGAAGAGGGGUGUUCCAGAGGAUGUUCAAGGCUGAGUGUCACUUCAUCAACGGCACCGAGCGGGUGAGGUUCAUGGAGAGGCACAUCUACAACCGGGAACAGCAACUGCAAUUCGACAGCGAUUUGGGGGUCUAUGUGGGGGACACCCCGUUUGGGGAGAUCCAGGCCAGGAACUUGAACAGUCUCCCAGGAAGGCUGGAGUACACACGGUCUGCUGUGGACACGUACUGCUGGCCCUACUACGAACUUGAUGCCCCGUUCAGCAUGGAGAGGAGAGGUGAGCGUGGGGCAGAGCGGGUCCCCUUGAGCCCUGCCCCGGGAAUGACGCUGGAGCCCCUCAAACCCUCCCUGGGAAUCAAGUUGCCACCGGACACCGUCCGCAGCAAGAUCCUGGUGGGGGUCGGGGGCUUCGUCUUGGGCUUGGUCUUCCUGGCGCUGGGGCUCGGCUUCUACCUGCGGGAGAAGAGCUCCUGAGCCGCCGGCGGCCGCAGCCCCUCCCCGUGGCCUCGGGCCCAGCCAGGACCCUCCAGUCCAACCCUGUCC